GCCGCUCCCUCUGAGUCGGGGUCUCUCUCAGGAUGGAGGCCCCAGGUCCAACCCCUCAGUCCCGAAUUUUGGGCCACUCCUCCAUGUUCCUUUUUUUCCGUAGUCUGGUGGGGAGCAGGGGCAGCCCCAAGAGCUCGGACAAGGCCCUGAUGCGGAGUCGGCCAUGCGCCUCCCAGGAGCAAAGCACCACCUCUCUGAUGAGGAACCGCCAGGGAGGAGCGGGGAGGAAGGAGCCAAGGCAGCCAGCCACACUGCCCUACAUGCUCUCUGUGGCCUUGCCACGGCAUGGUCCCUUGGGGCUAGGGAUGGGGGACACAGGGGCCCAGACCCCCACCCCAAAGGAGGUCCUGAGGGUGGCAGUCCAGGGUGGAGAGGUGAAGCCCAUCCUGUCCAGGGGAAGCCAGGAGGUGCUAGGCAACGUGUCCAAGAAGGAAAAAAGAGAAGAGAAGGAGGCAGUAGGGGAGGCCUCCGGGGAUACAAGGACCUCAGACAGGGGCCACUUUGCCCAAGCCUUGGAGGUGAAACAAGGAUGCCCACAGAGGGCCAUGGGGCCACCGGAGGUCAGCCCCAAGACCUUCACCAGGGAGGAGGAGAAGGAGUGUCUGCUGGACGGAGACUUCAGGCUGGCCUCCUCGAAGGUGGGGGCAACUCCUUGGAACCGCCUCCUCACCUUGUACAAGCAGCUUCAGAAAUCAGCCAUGGCCAAGUUUCCUCUCAAGGAAGGCUUGCCUGAUGAGAAAAGCAAGGAAAAGGAAAUGGAGGUAGAGGACAGGUCAUUCAAGCUCUGUGUCCCGGGCAUUGUCACCCUGCAGUCACCGCUGCAUAAGACUUUCAGGUCAACAGACACAGUGGGUUUCGUGGAGUCGGAGUUAAAGAAGCUUCAGGCAGUGCAGCGGGACUCCCGCCUCUGGAAGGUGGGCAGCCAUGAUGGCCAGGAGCUGCUGACCAAGCCAGAGAUCACCCUGGAGGAGGCAGGCAUUGUGGACGGUCAGAGAUACCAGGCUGAGGGGGAAAAAAGCUGCCCCCCAGCAUUUGGGGAAUGCUGGGGACCUAGGGGAGGGGUGCUGAGGCAGCGGAAGCAACACCCUAGGCUGGAGGGAAGGGUGCAGAGCCCCCUUGGUGUGGUGUCCAGGACAGAGCACUUGCUCCUGGAGGAGAUGGACGAGCUGGGGAACUGGCCCCCCGAGUGAAGCUGCCGCCGCCCCGAGUCUGCCCUGCUCCCGGAUCCCCGCAGCCUGAAGCGGGAGUUAGCCUCCCACUCUGUGGAGGCACAUCCGAGGCACCCCCAGGGCCAAGGGAUCUUGAGAUCACUGGUAUCCAUGUGUCCGCAGGGUGGGCCUGCCCAGCAGAAUGUCACCACCCACCAGACUCAGGCCUGGGUUAUUAAUAAUAAAACCCACUUUGACUUUGGC